AACUCAAUUGCUUUGAGUUUUUGGUAUUUUUUACAUUGAAUCAUUAGGAAAAAGUCCUCAAAAUUUCAACUUUCCACUCACUUCAGUUUUUGAGUGAAAAAAUUGUUUGUAAAGUCUUACUUUAUAAAACAUCAUUAUUUUCUUAAAAUCGUAACUCCAUUAUUAAUAACUCAAUCGCUUUGAGUUUUUGGUAUUUUUUACAUUGAAUCAUUAGGAAAAAGUCCUCAAAAUGUCAACUUUACACUCACUUUAGUUUUUGAGUGAAAAAAUUGUUUGUAAAGUUUACUUUACAAAACAUCAUUAUUUUCAAAAAAUCGUAACUCCAUUAAUAUUAACUCAAUCGCUUUGAGUUUUUAGUGUUUUAUACAUAUGAUUUUCCCGUCAUCCAUCCCACCCCCCCCCCCCCCCCUUCCACAAGAUAAUCAUGUAUGGAACGCCACCAGUGGCGGUCCAUACAUGAUUUUCUGGGGGGGGGGUAAUGGAUGAAAGGAAAAUUAUGAAGUGUCGCAACGUACCGCCGGAGGCUAAAUUUUUUUUGGGGUGCCACGCCCAAUUUGCAUCCGAAAGUCGUUCAAAAAAUACGCCUCAACGUUCAUUGGCCUCAACUGUAUCCCGAUGCCGUCAAAAUAUUAUACAGGGUGUUCACCUAGUGCGAUAUCGGACGAUAUCUCCUUACAGGGUGAUGCAAGAAAAAAAAAUUAAAUUACAAAGUUGUUUGAUUUUCUAAGUUGCAUUAGUUGAAAAUAUUUUUAAAUAUACAGGGUGCUCCGAGGGAUGGUCCGUAAAUGAGGUAUGCGAAAGAACUUUGUUAUUUUUAAAUGGAACACCCUAUAUUUCAGUACAUUAUUGGAUCGUUGUAAAAAUCCUACAUAGUUUUUGCACAGCUUUUUGUUAGGAAUCACCUAUACUUAAACUUACCCGUUUUUGAAAUAUUUAUGGCCAUUUCCACAAACUAUUUUAGGGGAGCCCUAACGAUAUAGGUAUUCCCUAAAAUGACAUUUUUACAUGAAGAAAUGUCAGAUUAAGGCAUACUUAUCGUUAAGGCUCUCCUAAAAUAGUUAGUGGAAACGGCCAUUAUUAUUUUUUCAAAAAAUCGCAGUUUGCAUGUUUCAACAAAAACCAACAAAUGGAAUACACUUUAUCUCACUGUAUAGAAGAAGGUACGAAUCUAAGAAUAACUGUUCAAUCCUCGUUAUUCUAUCAUACACCAUCGCUGAGAUUAAAGUAUGUGUGACGUCACGUGAGCUUUGUCCAGCCAUUUUGUUCAUUUGAUUGUUUUCGGCACCUGUCACCUUGUCAGAGGUUUUUGUUUAGAUUAUUGCAGGUGGCACUGGAAAAACAUAUAGGUAAAUUUGAUGAACUUCACUAUUUCCUGCGGCGCUCGAGCUUUCGUGACGUCACAGGGUGAGACACAGUAUCUUUAUAAAGCCGUAUCUUCGGUAUUAUUUUUCAUAGAGGGGUGCGGUUUUCACUGUUAUUCUUAGAUUUUUCUUUUUUAUUUUUAUAUAAAGUUGUUUUUGUGGCACACACACACACCUCCUUUAAUUUUGCCAAUAUUUUAGUGCUGACAAUAAGUGGCAACAUUGCUAAAAUUCAAAUUGUGACCAGUGUUGCCAGAUCUCACGAUUAUUCGUAAGAUUACACGAUUUUGUUCAAAAUUUCGCGAUCUCACGAAUGAGGUAGCAAUUCUUACGAAUUCUCUCUGUAGUAAUACAAAUCAGUAAUUAAAUUUAAUUGAAAAUAGUCGAAAUAAAAAUCUACUAUACAAUAUUUACUUAGUUAUGUUACGCCGUUCCUGGUACUUGCGCGCCCAAGAAUACUAACCUUAUAGGACGGCUUAUUGAGCUGAAAGUGUCUGGCAUGUCAGCCUCAGAGCCCUCAGAACUCAACUCUUGGCGUAAAAUUCAUUAUACGAGUUUUAAAACACUAUAAGUCAAAGACACGAAUUCCUAAACAUUGAAAUUACCUUUUUAAAAUUAAAAAUAGAUGAAAAAAUUAACUCACAAGUAUAGACUGAAUCGCAAGCAAUACAUCGAGGUUUGCGGAUGACGUCACCAUUAUCAGCUGCUGAUAGUGGUGACGUCACUCGCAGACCAGCUGCCGACUCGAGAGCUGGUGAACGUACGCCUUAUUAAAAUAAGCAAUCCUGCGAAUACUGAACUAAGUGGAAAUAGGUUUCAGCUUUCAGGAACUCCUGCUAAAAACGGAAAAAACAAGGAUACAAGAUAUAAUAAUAAAAUGCUUAUGAAUGUAAAAUCAUGUUUAUUUUAUCAUCAUCUCACGAUUUCUCUUUCUCGAUUUUCACGAAUUUUUUAAAUUUUAUCUGGCAACACUGAUUGUGACUUAGUUAUGAGGUAGUGCGGAUUAAAUUCCGUGUUUUUUGUAUGUAGAGACUGUUGUAGAGAGUUUUCUUUUUUUAUUUAUUUUCUCAACAAUAAACAAGGAUAUUACCUAAAAGCCUCAUUUAGUCUGUCAUAGUGAAACUCUGUAGGGGCCAAGCCUAUAACAACAGAGUCUGGAGUUUCGUGGGGCUGGCAAGCCAAGCCUUGAAAGUCUUCAAGAGCCUCUGGAGCAACCAUAAGCAUUGGCUUUAACUUAUUCUUUUCAAUCAAAUUCCUGCAAGCCCCCAAUGAGCUUAAAAUGUCAUUUUUGUCCACAUCAAAACCUAAACUCAGAAGCCUUUUGUGCAAAGUGUUUUUGCUUUCUUUAGUCGUAUUUGUUACGAAUUUGAUUUUCAAAUUUUGCUUCAUCAAUCUACAAUAAUUGUGUUUUGAGGUGUUUAUUUUGCGAAAACAUGGGGUACCUUUUUAGGGCUUCAACAGCCCCGGGAAUAGCAUGGUUUUCAAUGUGCAAAGUACCACUUAAAUCUAUUAAGACUGCUUUAAUCAUUUUGAAUUUGAAAAUUAUUUGAAUUUUUUUUUUUUUGAGGUUAUGGUCUAGUUGCGUUCCUCUUAUUUGUCUCGGCCAAUAAUUAUAUACCCCGAUUAUAUUGUUGUCUUUUUCUAAUAAAAUAAACUAAAAAGAGAUACAAAAUAUUAAUUUCCAUGUGGCUAGUUUAACGAAUUGACAGUUCUUUAAUGCUUAAAGGUGAGCGGUGCAAGAUGGGUUCAAAUGAGGAAACAAUUGAGGCCCUAAAAAAGUUGGGUUUGAGCCAACAAAAAGCGAAAGAAACAUUGAAAAAUGCCGCUGUUACCAAAACCCUACUUUCUAUUUUAGAUCAGGUAAAAGGUGUAUCAUGUUCAGACGGAAUCGGUACCCUCCUCUAUCAUCUAGGUACCAAAAUAAAACCUCAAAUAGCCCACCAUUUGCCACUAAUAGUCAAACAAAUAACCACCCAAAAACUAGACAACACUCUGCGAGUGGAUAAAGCAAUAGAAUUUGCACUGUCCCACAUAAAUAACAUUGAUUCUAAUGAACUAGAAAAAUAUUGCGGUGUAGGAAUCAUUGUUACUCCAGAACAAGUUGAAAAAUGUGUAGAACAGCAAAUGAAAAUCUUCAAAAACGAGCUUCUGGAAAAACGUUACAGAUUCAAUGCUGGACCUUUAAUGCAAAAAGUCAGAGAAGAAUUACCUUGGGCAGAUGGAAAAGCAAUCAAAAACGAAAUCGAUUUGCAAAUACUGGACAUUUUGGGACCUAAAAAUGAAGCAGAUUUGGCUCCAGUGUCCAAAAAAAACCCUAAAGUUGCCAAGGUUGUUGAAAAACCCAAAAAUACUGAAGAGAAUUCGAAAGACCAACAACAACCACAAAGCCUUACCAUUAUAGAUGUGAUGAGGAAAGUUAAUUUCCACAAGCCUGGAGAAAACUAUAAAACUGAUGGUUAUAUAGUGACUGAAAAUACACAGAAACUAUUAAAGGAACAUUUGAAAUUAACUGGAGGCAAGAUUAGAACCAGAUUUCCUCCAGAACCCAAUGGCAUUCUUCAUAUUGGCCAUGCCAAAGCAAUUAACAUUAAUUUUGGAUAUGCUGCAGCCAAUGAUGGCCUGUGCUUUCUGCGUUAUGAUGACACCAACCCUGAAAAAGAAGAGGAAAAAUUCUUUACAGGAAUCCUGGAUAUGGUUACUUGGUUGGGCUACAAGCCCUACAAAAUAACCCAUUCUUCUGACUAUUUUGAUCAGUUGUAUGAGUGGGCUGUUGAGCUAAUCAAAAAAGGGCUGGCGUAUGUUUGCCAUCAAAGUGCUGACGAAAUGAAAGGGUUUAAUCCUCAGCCUUCGCCUUGGAGAGAGAGGCCUGUUGAAGAAAAUCUACAAUUAUUUCAGGAUAUGAAAAAUGGCAAAAUUGACGAAGGCGCAGCCACUUUGCGAAUGAAAAUCACCCUAGAAGAAGGUAAACUGGACCCUGUAGCUUAUAGAGUCAGGUUUGUUCCACAUCACAGAACUGGAGACAAGUGGUGCGUUUACCCCACCUAUGAUUUUACUCAUUGCCUUUGUGAUAGCAUUGAAAAUAUCACUCACUCCUUAUGUACAAAAGAGUUUCAAUCAAGAAGAUCCAGCUACUAUUGGCUGUGUAAUGCUUUGGACAUUUACUGUCCUGUCCAAUGGGAAUAUGGGAGAUUGAAUGUUAAUUAUACAGUGGUUUCUAAAAGGAAAAUUGCCAAGUUGAUUAGUGAAGGGGUUGUCAAUGACUGGAAUGAUCCAAGGUUGUUCACGUUGACAGCUUUGAGAAGAAGAGGAUUUCCUGCAGAAGCUGUUAAUAAUUUUUGUGCCCAAUUGGGAGUAACUGGGGCUCAGAGUACUGUGGAUCCGUCAAUGUUGGAGGCUUAUGUGAGGGAUUAUUUGAAUAAUGUUGCUCCAAGGCAUAUGGUUGUAUUGGAACCCCUUAAAUUAACCAUCACCAAUUACCCGCACCCUCAACCAACUACCAUAUCGGUGCCCAACUUUCCAAACGACCCAAAAUUGGGCAACCACUCAAUUGCCUUCGACAAAACCAUUUACAUAGAGAAAAGUGACUUUAUGGAAGUGGGCAAUAAAGGCUUUAGACGUCUGACUAAAACCCAAUCUGUGGGCUUGAAACAUGCAGGCCUUGUCCUUGAAGUUGUUGACAUCAGAAAAGAUGCUUCAGGUGAAGUUUCUGAGGUUGUUUGCGAGUGUAUUGAAGCUGAAAAGGCACCCAGUAAGCCUAAGGCUUUUAUCCAUUGGGUGGCUGAUCCUGUUCAGAUUGAAGUGAGACUUUAUUCUUCAUUAUUCAAACAUAAAAAUCCUGAAGAUGUCAAUGAAGUGCCAAAUGGUUUUUUGUCUGAUUGCGAUCCAGAUUCUUUGCAAGUUUUACAGAGUCUUGCAGAUAAGUCUUUGCAAGGGGCUAAGGUACUUGACAGGUUCCAGUUUGAGAGGAUGGGGUACUUUUCAGUGGAUCCUGAUUCUAAACAAGAUAAGAUUGUUGUCAAUAGGACUGUGGGGCUUAAGGAGGAUACUGGUAAAUGAGAUUGUUGAUGGGAUUUUAUUUAUAACAAUUUUGUUUUAAUAUUAAUAAAAAGCAAUUGAUAAUUAU